AUGUCUUUAGAAGAAUCAUUUCAAAAACUGUGUGUCUCUGGAUCUGAAGCUGACUCUACUCCAGUAAAGUCCCUAGUCUUCAAGCCAAAGACCGCAAAAUCUGCCACUCCUGUCCCAGUUGUCGUCGUAGCAUUACAAACCACUACUACGCCAUCUCCAUUAAUUGCUCAAGUUACCGCUUUGAAAGAUCCUAGAUUGGCUCGCGAUGAUCUAUUCAAGACUUUCUUCAAGUGUGAUUCAGCAAAGGCUUUCACUUUAGCUUUCUUAUCUAAUGCUGAAACUGAAUUCAAAUUAUUGAUCGAUAAUCAACUGGAAUCAUUAGACGAUACUACCACUUUACAGUUAAAUGAUUCUUUAUUCAUUAAAAAAUCUGCGUUACUUCAAUUCUUGAACGGUUUAGCAUUCAAACCACAAUCUGUCGAUUUCACACAAGAGGUCGCCAAGAAAGAAGAACCAAAGAAGAAACAAGCUGCUCCAACCAAUGCCGCUUUGGAAGAUGCUAAAUUGAUCGGUAUCACCGUCGAUAAAGCUAAGGAUUUCCCAGGUUGGUAUCAACAAAUCUUAACUAAAGGUGAAAUGUUAGAUUAUUACGAUGUUUCCGGUUGUUACAUCUUAAGACCACCUUCUUACGCCAUCUGGGAAAAUAUCCAGAAAUGGUUUGAUAGCAGAAUUAAGAAUAUUGGUGUAGAAAACGCUUACUUUCCAAUGUUCGUCUCCUCUCGUGUCUUAGAAAGGGAAAAAGAUCAUGUCGAAGGCUUUGCUCCAGAAGUUGCUUGGGUCACUAGAGCUGGUUCAUCCGAAUUAGAAGAACCUAUUGCUAUUAGACCUACUUCUGAAACCGUCAUGUAUCCAUACUACGCUAAAUGGAUUCAAUCUUACAGAGAUUUACCAUUGAAAUUGAACCAAUGGAAUUCUGUCGUCAGAUGGGAAUUCAAACAUCCACAACCUUUCUUAAGAACAAGAGAAUUUUUAUGGCAAGAAGGUCACACAGCUUUCUUAACUGAAAAGGAAGCCACCGAUGAAGUCUUACAAAUCUUAGAUUUCUACGCCGGUGUCUACGAAGAGUUAUUAGCUGUUCCAGUUGUUAAAGGUACCAAGACUGAAAAGGAAAAAUUCGCAGGUGGUGAAUUCACUACCACAGUGGAAGGUUACAUCCCACAAACUGGUCGUGGUAUUCAAGGUGCUACCUCUCAUCACUUGGGUCAAAACUUCUCCAAGAUGUUUAACCUUUCUGUCGAAAAUCCAUUAGGUGCCGAUCAUCCAAAGAUCUUUGCCUACCAAAACUCUUGGGGUCUAUCUACUCGUGUUAUCGGUGUUAUGGUUAUGAUCCAUUCUGAUAACAAGGGUUUAGUCAUCCCUCCAAGAGUCUCCCAAAGACAAGCCGUUGUCAUCCCAGUCGGUAUCACCAAAAAGACUACACCAGAACAACGUAAGCAAAUUCAUGACUCUGCUUAUGAAAUCGAAAAACGUUUGAAACAAGCUGGUAUUAGAGCCUUUGGUGACUACAACGAUAACUACACACCAGGCUGGAAAUUCUCUCAGUACGAAUUAAAGGGUGUUCCACUUCGUAUUGAAUUAGGUCCAAAGGAUAUUGAAAAGAACCAAGCUGUUGUCGUUAGAAGAAACGACUCUCGUAAAUAUAUCGUUAGCUUAGAUGAAUUAGAAUCUCGUAUCCCAGAAAUUUUGGAUGAAUUACACAACGAUUUAUACAACAAGGCCAAGGAAGCUUUCGAUACCCACAGAGUCAUCGUCAACGAAUGGAAAGAUUUCGUUCCAAACUUGAACAAAAAGAACGUUAUCUUAUCUCCAUGGUGUGGUGUCACUGAAUGUGAAGAGGAUAUCAAGGAAUCUUCUGCUAAGAGGGAUGAUGGUGAAGAAUUCGAACAAGAUGACAAGGCCCCAAGUAUGGGGGCCAAAUCCUUAUGUAUUCCAUUCCAACAGCCAGAAUUAAAGGAAGGUCAAAAAUGUGUUAAGUGUGAACGUAAGGCCGUUAACUACUGUAUGUUCGGUCGCUCAUACUAG